CACGCACGCACGCACGAGACACACCUUUUAAAUGGCACUGACACACAGGGGAGAGCCUAGUCCAUUGCAUACCCCUGUCAGCUCAAGCCAUGCGUGCUUUGCAAGUGUCAGUGUUGGUGGCGACGGCGCUGUUGGCAGCGCUGGAGAGUGGCGUGGUGGCAGCCCCCAGAGGCACCUACUCCUACAGGACGGUCCACCAAGCUAGCUCCUCGAACAACGCUCUGACACCCUCACGGACGCGGGGCCUGGCAAGCACAAGCAGGCAAUAUGGACUGGAGAGAGGUACCCAGCAGGCUCCCUACUCGCCCGUGGACUACACGCCCGAAGUGAAGUCAGCGAGAAAAGCCUUCUUCAAGCUGUAUGACAAACAGGCUAAACUCGCCAAGGACGCCCCAGACACGGACCUUGACGGCCGCUACUCCUUCACCCAGAGGUUGUCGGGAGGCGCAGCCGCGGAGGACGAGGCCGACGACGACUACUAUUACUACUACUACGACGACGAGGAGCACAGCAACGAGGAGGAUGAGUAUGAGUACGAGGACGACGACGAUGAGGAAGAGAGUCACGAAGAAGAUGAAGAAGAAGAUGAUGAUGAUGACGAUGAAGAAGAAAGUCAUGAAGACGACGAAGAGGAUUCCGAAGACUCGGAAGAAGGAGACGACUCGUCGGAGGAGGAUGGUGCUGACUCAUCCUCUGAAGAGGGCGCCGACUCGUCCUCGGAGGAAGGGGGCGUGUCUAGCAGCGAGGAAGACGGGGAAGAUAGCUCCUCGGAGGAAUCUUCCGAAGAAGGCGCCGACGGCGACGACUCGUCCUCCUCCUCCUCUUCGUCGGAAGAGGACGGCGCCGGCGGCUUCGACAUCGUCAGCUGGGGAAGACGGAAUACCAACGCCCUCUUGGCCCGCACCCCGAGGCCAGUCACGGACACGCCCGAGGUCAAGCAGGAGAAGAGGAACUUCUUCAGACUGUACAAGAAGCAGGCGGAGCUCUCCUUCAACGCCCCCGACCACUGAGCUGCGGUUCCCUGCUCGCGCGGGACGCACACGGUCAGGACUCUCCGUUGCUUUGCCUGUCAGUCACACUCCUACAGCGGCAGGACUCAGUUGCUGUGAUUCAGACGAUGCGUUGACCACAAAUAUGCGAACGAAAUUAUAAUAAUAGUUAAAACACAAAAACAGAGCAUAAUGCAAAAAUAACUUAAUUAUAGGAGUGGACACUGAUAUGUUUUAAGCAAUUAUCAUGAUUUUUUAUACAUUCUUACUCUAAGUUAUGGUAUGAAAGCCACAACUCAUUAGUAUAUUAAGUACCAAGUUAUCUUCAUGAAGGAUAAUGUUGGUUAGCUUAUUUACGUUAGUAGAAUAACAAAUUAUAUUUUUUUAACAUUUAAGGCAUGCAAAAAUGCUUUUUUUGCUUAUAUUUUGGCACACAUUUGGAUAACAAUCCUAAAACACAAUACUCCUCCAAGAUUUUAUACCAAAUGACAGCACACACAAACACCUGUAUUUUUAGUGUCCAUAGGGUUUAAAUUCUCAUAGAUUUGUUUUAGGAUGCACACGUCAUCAUUGCGCUCACGUCACCAGCAAGAUUUCGCAAGAGCUCUCUCCCUCCACUUCUAAUAAUGGAUUUCUUUGGAAAAUCUCCCACGAAUUAUCAUUAUCUGCUCAGGGGCAUCCGAUGCGGAGGAAGCUCGGGUUACGUUCUUUCGGACGGGCGAAGGAUCGGGUUCGGCGGGGGUCGGCGGCGGCGGUUCUGCGCCUUGGAAGCGGGUUCGGUGUCGCCCUCGGGUCGGAGGUUAAUCUUAGGGCUGAAGACGCUCGAUUCUGGGGUGGGAUUUACUUCCAUGAAUUGUAUAUUUACACACACAUGCACACACACACACACAC